UUGUCUAGUCAAGAAUUAAUUGUUAAUUUUUUUAUUCAAAGAACUAAAUACAGCAAGUUGACACCGGCAUCGAAAAUGUGUCACAAAUUAUUGAUUGUUUUGUGUAUACAAAUAAUGUCGAUAACCGCAGCUCCAUUUCAAAUGCAGUUACUGCACCCAUUAAAGCAACCAAGGCAGGCGCAACCUCAAGUGAUAAUGCACACAUUACAACAACCAAUCCCAAUAGAGACGUAUCAACCACAUACAAAGAUACAAACUCCACAACCACUACCUUUACGUUUGAAAAUGGAGCAAGCAACAAUGUUGGCUGAGAUACAGCAACAGAUGACAGAGGAGAUGCAACAAGUCGUGUUGCAGCAACAAAUGUUAGCAUUGCAACAGCUGCAGGCGCUGCAGGAGCUGAAUACUGUUCACGCACCGUCUUCAAUGUUUCUCCCCCAACCGAUCCUAAUACUUUUACCUGACGAGAAAGUAAAUCACAAUGAUCAUACAGAACUGACGAAAAAUACAAACGAAAAUAAUUUAAAUGGAAACGAAGUGAAAAAUGACAACGUCUAUGACAAUGAAGACCAAGAUUCAAUUGUUAUUGAGGCUCAGGACCAUGAAGGCGGAAACGGAAUGAGGAAAGCUAUUCUGCUACUUCCAACAUCAAGAUUCAGUAUCGGUGGAAUCAUAUCCGGUAUUCCAUGGUUACCUAUUGAAGUUAACGUGCCAGACACGGUAGCUUGGGCGUGGAAUGGAAUUUCCAGUGGAAUUGCUGGUAUUAUAUCCAUAAUUGGAAACCGACUACCCUUCAGACCAAAUUCUCCGGAAACCGCUGCAGUAGAACCGAGUGUGAAAAUGUUCUUGAAGCAAUUGCAGAUGAAGAAUUAUAAUCCUAUGAUGCCAAUUUAUGUGUUGCCAGCGGAAGAAAUGGUUCCGGUACAUUUUAAUGUAUAGACAAACAACAUUCGAUGACAGUUUAAGUUCGUAGAAGAUUGUAAUUUGAAACUUUUGAUUGAUUCGUAUCAAAUUGUACAUCAAUGACGUAAUUAUGACGAUUUCCUGUCGACUGAAAUUGACAAGUUAUCGUCAUAGGUAGUAUACUGUAAGACAUUCAUUAGCUGAAAUCGUAUACAUAAGUAGGUACGUACUAUAAAAAUAAUGGUACCCAAAAGUGAAAAUAAAAAAGAACACAAGAAAAUGCAAAAUCAUGUACUUUAUUGUAUUAAAAUCAAUACAGAUAGAUACAAAUAAGUUGCAUAAACAUAUUGUAAUGAUAUUGUGGUAACAAAAGGUAUUCUAUUAAGACCGGGUUCAAGAGUUUAACCAUUAUUUUUGUAAUUUUAUAUUUUACUGAAUUACAAACGUGUAUUGUUAUGUGCACUGAAAUAAGUGUUGUUAAAAUUCUGUAUUUUGAAAUAAACCAAUUCGUUACACUAUCAAACGCCGGCCAUUUUCUAAAGUAUUUUCUUAUUACACUGUUUUAGUUUUUGAUGCAAACAGAAAACGAUUUUUGUAAAACUUUGCAUCAAAAACACAGCAAUACUGUGAUUCUAUAACA